AAUGCAGCAGCUGUGGUUGCCUUAUAAAUGAAAGUAUGAAUGAUGAGAACUUGAAUUCAGUAGAAUCCUUGCUUGUUUGAAGUCUUACAACAAAAACUAUGUUCUGGUUUUGGGAAGGGCCUUUCUAGUGUACUGUGUGUCUCUUUAAGGACUCAACUAAGUCAUCUUGGUGGCGUUAAUUUCUCAAGUUUAAAAUGAUUUCCUAGAAUCUUUCUUCCAAAUAAAACUUUGUACUAGAUGCGUUUGGUUUGAGACAAAUUUGGGAUUCCCUGUAUAUCAAGGUGAGUGGUGGAGUGUAAUUGCAAUUCUGGUUUCUUGAAAAUGUAGAGAAGACCAACAGAACAGCUGUAAAAGCAGGGUGGUGGAAUUAUUCAGAGAACUGAGAUUCUGGACAAAGUCACUGGGGCUAAUAUAUGCUGUGUUGAAGGUUAUGGUUAAAAAAAACAAAACAAUCCAUAGCAUGCUGAGAGAUGAAACUUGAGGGAGAAAGAGGCUAGACUUGAAAUUGUCCUUUCCCAAACAGUGGAGGUCACAUGCAACUUAAUGUAAAACAGUUGUAAGGCAGGUAAGGCUGUUUUCUUAGGUAUAUUGAAUAUAGUAUUUUUUAAAUUGUCAUUUCUUUGGAGUAUAGACUAAUCCCUUUCCUGGAAGGCUUUUGUUUCCAGGCUUUGCUGAUUAUCUUUCCUUCUGUCAAAGGGACUUCAGAUACUUGCACAUAUAUAGAAGGCUUUUGAUUAUUAACAUUGUUUUGCCUACUAUCAAGAUAGCUAAACAUUACAAAGCUAUAGACAUUUUUUGUUAUAGUAGAUUAACAGCCAUGGUUCCUUAGGUAAUUUAUCAAACAAUAUGUAUCAAGAAUAGGCAAAUCUUGGUUUGUUCUUUGAAGAAAUGAAAGUGGUGGUAAAGGUGCUGUUGAAAGAGAGGUUAAAAACACAUUUUGCCUACAUUUAACACCUAAACUUUUUUUUCCCUAAUCUUUCAGUAUUCUACCUUGUAAAUACUGUUAUUUGUAUAUACUGUAAAUGAUGACGUCGGUGGGCACUAACCGAGCCCGGGGAAACUGGGAACAACCUCAAAACCAAAACCAGACACAGCACAAGCAGCGACCACAGGCCACUGCAGAACAAAUUCGACUUGCACAGAUGAUUUCGGACCAUAAUGAUGCUGACUUUGAAGAGAAGGUGAAACAAUUGAUUGAUAUCACAGGCAAGAACCAGGAUGAAUGUGUGAUUGCUUUGCAUGACUGCAAUGGAGAUGUCAACAGAGCCAUCAAUGUUCUGCUGGAAGGAAACCCAGACACGCAUUCCUGGGAGAUGGUCGGGAAGAAGAAGGGAGUCUCGGGACAGAAGGAUGGUGGCCAGAUGGAAUCCAAUGAGGAAGGCAAAGAAAGUCGAGACCGGGACAGAGACUAUAGUCGGCGACGUGGUGGGCCACCAAGACGGGGGCGAGGUGCCAGCCGUGGACGAGAGUGUAUGCAUGGGGCUUUAUCAAAACCAACUGUGGUUCGGGGUCAGGAAAAUGGAUUGGAUGGCGCCAAGAGUGGAGCACCUUCUGGAAGAGGCACAGAAAGAGGCAGAAGAGGCCGUGGCCGAGGCAGAGGUGGCUCUGGUAGGCGGGGAGGGAGGUUUUCUGCUCAAGGAAUGGGAACCUUUAACCCAGCUGAUUAUGCAGAGCCAGCCAAUACUGAUGAUAACUAUGGCAACAGCAGCAGCAAUACGUGGAACAACACUGGCCACUUUGAACCAGAUGAUGGGACGAGUGCAUGGAGGACUGCAACAGAGGAGUGGGGAACUGAAGAUUGGAAUGAAGAUCUUUCUGAGACCAAGAUCUUCACUGCCUCUAAUGUGUCUUCAGUGCCUCUGCCUGCGGAGAAUGUGACAAUCACUGCUGGUCAGAGAAUUGACCUAGCUGUUCUGUUGGGGAAGACACCCUCUUCAAUGGAGAAUGAUUCAUCUAAUCUGGAUCCAUCUCAGGCUCCUUCUCUGGCCCAGCCUCUAGUGUUCAGUAACUCGAAGCAGAGUGCCAUAUCACAGUCUGCUUCAGGGAACACGUUUUCUCAUCACAGUAUGGUGAGCAUGUUAGGGAAAGGAUUUGGUGAUGUCGGUGAAGCUAAAGGUGGUAGUACCACAGGCUCCCAGUUCUUGGAGCAAUUCAAGACUGCUCAGGCGCUGGCUCAGCUGGCAGCUCAGCAUUCUCAAUCUGGCAGCACCACCACCUCCUCUUGGGACAUGGGCUCAACAACACAGUCCCCAUCACUGGUGCAGUAUGAUUUGAAGAACCCAAAUGAUUCAACAGUACACAGCCCCUUUACAAAGCGCCAGGCUUUCACCCCAUCUUCAACCAUGAUGGAGGUGUUCCUUCAGGAGAAGCCACCUACAGUGGCUACCUCCACAGCUGCACCUCCACCCCCCUCUUCUCCUCUGCCAAGCAAAUCCACCUCGGCUCCACAGAUGUCUCCUGGGUCUUCAGACAACCAGUCCUCCAGCCCUCAGCCAGCUCAGCAGAAACUGAAACAGCAGAAGAAAAAGGCCUCCUUGACUUCUAAGAUUCCUGCUCUGGCUGUGGAGAUGCCUGGCUCAGCAGAUAUCUCAGGGCUAAACCUGCAGUUUGGGGCAUUGCAGUUUGGAUCAGAGCCUGUCCUUUCUGAUUAUGAGUCCACCCCCACCACGAGCGCCUCUUCAAGCCAGGCUCCAAGUAGCCUGUAUACCAGCACGGCCAGUGAAUCUUCAUCUACAGUUUCAUCUAAUCAGAGUCAGGAGUCUGGUUAUCAGAGCGGCCCAAUUCAGUCAACAACCUAUACCUCCCAAAAUAAUGCUCAGGGCCCUCUUUAUGAACAGAGAUCUACACAGACUCGACGGUACCCCAGCUCCAUCUCUUCAUCACCCCAAAAGGACCUGACUCAGGCAAAGAAUGGCUUCAGUUCUGUGCAGGCCACGCAGUUGCAGACUACGCAAUCUGUUGAAGGUGCUACAGGCUCUGCAGUGAAAUCUGACUCACCUUCCACUUCUAGCAUCCCUCCUCUCAAUGAAACGGUAUCUGCGGCUUCCUUACUGACGACAACCAAUCAGCAUUCGUCCUCCUUAAGUGGCUUAAGCCACAGUGAGGAGAUUCCAAAUACUACCACCACACAACACAGCAGCACAUUAUCUACGCAGCAGAAUACCCUUUCGUCAUCAACAUCUUCUGGGCGCACUUCAACAUCCACUCUUUUGCACACAAGUGUGGAGAGUGAGGCGAAUCUCCAUUCUUCCUCCAGCACUUUCUCUACCACGUCCAGCACAGUCUCUGCACCUCCCCCAGUGGUCAGCGUCUCCUCCAGUCUCAAUAGUGGCAGUAGCCUGGGCCUCAGCCUAGGCAGCAACUCCACUGUCACAGCCUCGACUCGAAGCUCAGUUGCUACUACUUCAGGAAAAGCUCCUCCUAACCUCCCUCCUGGGGUUCCGCCGUUGUUGCCUAAUCCAUAUAUUAUGGCUCCAGGGUUAUUACAUGCCUACCCGCCACAAGUAUAUGGUUAUGAUGACUUGCAGAUGCUUCAGACAAGAUUUCCAUUGGAUUACUACAGCAUCCCAUUUCCCACACCUACCACUCCGCUGACCGGGAGGGAUGGUAGCUUGGCCAGCAACCCUUAUUCUGGUGACCUCACAAAGUUUGGUCGUGGGGAUGCCUCCUCCCCAGCUCCGGCCACAACCUUGGCCCAGCCCCAACAGAAUCAGACGCAGACUCACCACACCACGCAGCAGACAUUCCUGAAUCCGGCGCUGCCUCCUGGCUACAGUUACACCAGCCUGCCAUACUACACAGGGGUUCCGGGCCUCCCCAGCACCUUCCAGUAUGGGCCUGCUGUGUUCCCUGUGGCUCCUACCUCUUCCAAGCAGCAUGGUGUGAAUGUCAGUGUGAAUGCAUCGGCCACCCCUUUCCAACAGCCAAGUGGAUAUGGGUCUCACGGAUACAACACUGGUGUAUCAGUCACUUCCAGUAACACGGGCGUGCCAGAUAUCUCGGGUUCUGUAUACUCCAAAACCCAGCAGUCCUUUGAGAAACAAGGUUUUCAUUCCGGUACUCCUGCUGCCUCCUUCAACUUGCCUUCAGCCCUAGGAAGUGGGGGGCCCAUCAAUCCGGCCACAGCUGCUGCCUACCCACCUGCCCCCUUUAUGCACAUUCUGACCCCCCAUCAGCAGCCGCACUCCCAGAUCCUUCACCAUCACCUGCAGCAGGAUGGCCAGCUACCAUAUUUGCAGAUGAUUCUCUGUUGCCAGCGCCAGCAGGAGGAGCAGACGGGCAGCGGGCAACGUAGCCAGACCAGCUCCAUCCCGCAGAAGCCCCAGACCAACAAGUCUGCCUACAACAGCUACAGCUGGGGGGCCAACUGAGGCCCUGACCCUCUUCUCCUGGUCCCAUCUUCUGAGAGGGCUUCUCAGCCUGGAAUCUAUGGAAGCAGCAUCAAAGAGAGAAAGGAAUGGGGGGGGGGGGUUCCGCUGCCCCCCAGUCCCAGCGGCCCACCCUAUGCCUCAGCUUCAUGUCUGUCCCAUUCCCAUACCAUUCCUACUCUGUUGUAUGUAUUAUAGGAUUUGUAUUUUAUCCUUUUUCUUUCCUUCUUUCCUCUUCCUCCUCCUUCCCCCUUGCAUUCAAGAUUAUGAAACUUUGCUGUGGGCCCUGCCCUUCCUUUGCUUCCUCCUGUUCACCCUGGUGGUGUAUGGGUGAAGUGGGGAGGAGGGACUCCCAAAUAUAUAUCAGCCCAACAGCCCUAAGUCUCCUCCUUUAUUAUUAGGAAAACAAAACAAC